AUGAAUUCUUCCGCAGUAGUCCCCAAGGCCGCGGCUCUUCCCGCGCGCCUGCUGCGAUCACGACAAUGCCCGAACCAGAGCACACGCCCCGGACUGUGCUCAUCUAGGCAAGGGCGACGCUACCACCAUGUAUCAACCUCUGCGUCUCCUGCUAGGCGUUUGCGGGAAGGCGUGUGCAAGAAGAAGGACUCCGUGCUCUCGAUGCGGACAUUUCAUUCGACCUCUCCCCUCUCGGCCAUCCCGGAUCCCUAUAAAGUCCUCGGGGUGGAUAAAAAUGCGUCGGCAGGCGAUAUCAAGAAGGCAUAUUAUGGCAUGGCUAAAAAGUAUCAUCCGGACACCAACAAGGAUGAGCAUGCCAAAGAGAAGUUUUCCGAGGCACAGUCCGCCUAUGAAGUGCUGUCCGAUGCCAAAAAACGAGAAAACUACGAUCGGUUUGGCUCGGCCGCAUUUGAUCAGAGUGGCGGGUUCGACCCCAAUGCUGCCGGCGCGAACCCAUUCACCGGAGCGGGAGGGUUUCAUGGCUUUGGCGGGGGCUUUGGUGGUGGCGGGUUUAACGGAGGCUUCUCAGGAGAUAUCAACUUCGAGGAUCUGUUCGGAGCGUUCACCGGAGGGGCGCGUCGUGGACCACGCGGGCGCCGCAAUCCGUUUCAAGAACAGAUCCUUGUUGGCGAGGACAUUGAAGUUCAGACCAACAUCUCGUUCAUGGACGCUGCGAAGGGCACAUCCCAAGAUAUUGUCAUCACGCCAUUGACUGAGUGCGGAACCUGUAACGGGGAUGGGUUGAAGCAAGGCGCCAAACGGUCUCAAUGCAGCUCGUGCAACGGCUCUGGCACUCGUGUACAUUUCAUGCAGGGUGGGUUCCAGCUUGCCGCGACAUGCGAUACCUGCAGUGGCACCGGUAUGACCGUUCCCCGCGGGUCGGAGUGCGGUAGCUGCCACGGGAACGGCGUGGUCCGGGAGCGCAAGACCAUUCAAGUCAAGAUUCCCGGCGGAGUUGAGGAUGGCCAGCGGAUGAGAGUACCAGGAGAAGGUGAUGCGCCACCCACAGGAACAGCCGCCGCCGCUGGGGCGCGAACCCAGCGCGGUGACCUCUAUGUCUCGAUUCGAGUUGCCCCCGACCAUCGGUUUAGCCGGAAUGGAUCCGAUAUCCUCUACACAGCGUCAAUCCCGCUGACGACGGCUCUUCUGGGCGGUGAAGUCACCAUUCCAACUCUCGACAACGAGGUCAAGGUCAAGGUGUCCACGGGCACGGGCACUGGGGAUCGGAUUACCCUGUCGGGAAUGGGCAUGAAGAAGCUCGGCAGUCGUUCGCGGUUCAGCCCUACGGGCGACUUGAAGGUCGAGUUCAAGGUGGCCAUGCCCAAGUACCUGACCGGAAAUCAGCGCACCAUCCUGGAGGUCCUCGCCGACGAGAUGAACGACAAGACGGCGAAGCGGACUAUGAACUUCAGCAAGGAUAGUCCGCCACCGAGCUCCGAGUCUGGCAACGGGGACAAGAGCGACGGGUUCCUGAAGUCUGUUUGGCACAAGCUCAUGGACAACAAGAACAGCGACGGCUCGAAGCCAUCCGAUAGCAGCAAACAGGACACCAAGGACGACAAGAAGGACGGCGACAGCAAGAAGAAAUCGUGA